AUGCCAGACGGUAGCCAAUUGGGCCAACAAAUCGCUGAUCUCGUCGUCGAAACUUACAACAGCAUCCAGAACAAGGCAGCCAAACCCAUUGUGAGACUGAAUGGCGUUCGCGAAUGGACAAUAUUGGCUGGGCUAGUUGCUAUAGAAGAUGGAUCGUUAACACCUCUUACAUUGGCAACAGGCAUGAAAGCAAUGCCGAAUGAAGUUAGAGAAUACUCUUCAGGGCUUAUAGUUCAUGAUUUGCAUGCAGAAAUCCUCUGUCUACGAAUGUUUAAUCGGCUAUUGAUGGCAGAGGUAAAUAGACUUGAAGAAGAGGAACUGAGACGGAAAACAGGGAAACGGCUAGAUUCUGACGGCGAAUGUGAAUUUUCUCAACUGAAGAAACAGAAUUUGGGGAAAAUCAGCGACGCAUCAGGGAGUACGGAAGAAUCUCUUGGAAACAGAAGAGGUUUGGGUGGAGCAUCAAUUAAUUCGUAUGGUAAUGGGAAAAGCGAGGACGCGGAAAUAAAAGAUGAAGAAGUAUCCGAAUCAAAAUCCCAGAUUGAGACCCUGCUUUUGAAGCGUAAUGGUGAAAAGUUUGCUUUGAGGAGUGGUGUCAAACUAGCGCUCUAUAUUUCGGAGCCGCCCUGUGGAGAUGCAUCAAUGUCUCAUAUCUCCAAUGACGAGAAAUCGUGGGAACAUAGCAAUACGGAGGAAGUGGUCAGAGGAAGAGCCCAUUUCAACACUGUUGGCAUUGUCAGGACUAAACCGGGUAGGGCAGACAGCAAAGUCAGUUACAGCAAGUCUUGUUCGGAUAAGCUAUGUGUGAAACAGUACACUGGAAUUCUCAAUUCCAUCAGCAGUCAUUUCGUUGAACCCAUUUACCUCGACUACUUGGUAAUACCAGCACUGAAGUUCCUGGAAAUCGACUUCAGAAGGUGCUUUCAGAGCCGUGCCACUGGACCAAAGCCCCCUAGCGCACAUUUUAUUUCAGCGCUCCCAUUCAAAGAUGAUAAAUUCCCUUACAAGAAAGAGAGCGAUGCCACAAGUCCGCUGCCCUUGAGCUAUGUAUUCUGCGCCAAGACAAAAGAAAGCCAGGUGCUUCAGAAUGGAGUCAAAAACGGUGCAUAUGUGAAGAACAAACCACCACGUAAAAAUGGAGCUUCUUGUAUUUGUCGCCAGAGUUUAUGCCAACAAGUGGGAGCCAAGUUGCAACAGUAUCAGAAUUAUGAGGAAGUUAAGACAGCCAAUAUCGCUCGACAGCAGCUCAAAACUCUUGUGAGAUCUCUGCUCGGCUCAUGGCCAGAGUCUGCACCCGAAAAUUUCGUUCUCGAGCAUUCUACGUGA